GUUGGAGUGCAGAAACAGAUUUUUCCAACAACCUUCAUGGUGCUGGGGAGAGGUAACUUAAUCAUUCAUUGCAGGAGUGAUGACUUCCAUGAACUCAAAGGGACCUAAACAUCUGGGAAACAGCUACUGGAUCCAAUAUGGAGAGGCUUUAUAAAGUUGUCAGCAUGGCAGUGCAGCACAGAAAACCAAGAGAAAACCGACAGAAUGCAGAUGACAGUUAUUCAGCAGGGUCUGUGGGCUCUAUUGCUAUGGCCCGUUCUUACCAUGGGCAACCCUCUAGACUGUAGAGAAGAUCAGGCCAGCUUCACCCGCUGCCCUUCCAUCUCCCAAGAGAAACUUCUAGACCGAGUCAUCCAUCACGCCGAGCUCAUCUAUCGCGUCUCGGAGGAAUCGUGUUCUUUGUUUGAGGACAUGUUCAUUCCACUCCCUAUGAGGUUCCAGAGUAACCAGGCUGGCUAUGCAUGCAUCACAAAAGCCUUACCCAUCCCCAGCUCCAAGAGUGAAAUCCAACAAAUAUCUGACAAAUGGUUACUCCACUCUGUGCUGAUGCUGGUCCAAUCUUGGAUCGAGCCUUUGGUUUACUUGCAGAUGACGCUGGAUCAGUACGAUAACGCUCCAGACAUGUUGCUCAACAAGACAAAGUGGGUGUCUGACAAACUCAUCAGUCUAGAACAAGGGGUGGUGGUACUCAUUAAGAAGAUGUUGGAUGAGGGGACGGUUGCCACAACCUACAGAGAACAAGGUGUUUUCCAAUAUGACAUUCAGCCUGAGAUGCUGGAAUCUGUCAUAAGAGACUACACCCUGCUAAGCUGCUUCAAGAAAGAUGCCCAUAAGAUGGAGGCUUUCCUGAAGCUACUCAAGUGCCGUCAAACUGACACAUACAACUGUGCAUAAAACAUAAACUGCAGCUUUUACAUAGAAUAUUGUUUAGCUACCAAUUCAUUCCUGAUGACCAUGCCUUGGGCACUUAAACUUUGCUUGUAAUGAAAUGCAUUUCUUAUAGAUUGUUAAAACUGAGUAAGAA